GUUUAUUGCAGAAGCUAGCAAGAUGAUCUUGAAGGUUCUUCUAUAUCCAAGCUCCCCUAGGAGUGGUAUCCAAAUCAUCAGUGGUGAGCUGGGCAAGAUCCAGUCCCAGGAAAUCCAGUUUGUAAGUAGCCAGGAGAUCAUUGCCAAGUCCAUGCUGCAUGCAGAGCCACAGAUCAGCUCCAUGCCACACCUGGCCUGAACACCUGCCUGUGAACAAACACAGCACUGAACACAGGACAUGAGGUAAGUUUGCUGAACAAACUUACCCUGCUGUAGUUGAGCUGCUCCCAAGUGGAGACUCUGCAGGAAAAACUGGGUUAGUUUGUUAGCCUAAGAUAUCUUCCCCACUCUGCCUGGCCACCACAGUGAAACAACUGGAAUUAUCUGCUCCAAUUUUGUAGAAAUUUAAAGUUUUAUUGUUUUCUUCAGGGCAUAAAAGAUUUCCCUUUGUUAGGGCCACAUUCUGCAAUUUUUUUGCACCCUCAAUUCUCUUAACAUGAACACAUUCAGGGCAUUCAUAAUUUCUGGUCUCUAGGAUGUCCACAGCACAAUGUAACAGAGUUGAGUUCAAUGGGGCAACAGUUCCAUAAUGUGAUUCUGGUGGCCUUAGGCUAAGGAGUGCAGUGUGUGCCUGGUCAGGCUGAUGGCAGAGAAGUGUCUGUGAAGAUGCAAUGGCCAUGAGAAGAUGUGAUUCUGCCUGAAUGCAGUUUUGAUCCUUGGACUUACCUGUUGGAGUAUUUGUGUAAUGCAGCUUCUAAAUAAAGCAUGUGCUCAGUCUUUCUCAGUAACUGUGCUUGUCAAGGGCUGUGGGCCAUUUGAAGGGUCUUUCUCUGGAAAGAUGGAUGGACUGGCAGACCAUGUCUAUCAGCAGAUCUUUCACUAAUAAGAACUAGAUUUGUGUCACUGCUUCAAGGGAAACCUGAGGGUGUGCACCCAGAAAGUGUCACCACUCUGCCAAGUUUUCCUGAUGAGAUGGGAAACCAAAGUGCUGAGGGAGUAUGGUACAAAGCAGUAAAAUCACCUUCCAGUCUGAAGUGCAUUUUGAGUUCCUGGGCUGUUGAGGCCCAGAAUCACAGUUACCACCCAGCAAUGUGUUCUUGUGAGCAGUGUCAGCUCCCCUUUCUUGGAAGACUUGCUCAAUGAAGCCUCAGCUUCCGGUGACAUGCAGCAGGCUUGCAGGAAGGCCCCAUGUGGGAGGUGUCCCUGGGAUGAGGCUGAGCCUUAUCUUGCCAGCCAGCUGCAAGGGGAUUAUCCGGGAGCAGAGCUCUGCACACUCACUGCACUGGCUGGGCUGCCUCGAGACCUCUCUCUUGUGUUGUAAAGCCAGCAAGAAAGCAAGGAUUGAACUACUCUGAGCUCUCGUGUCUCCAGUGGAGGACACCAAAUUCUUUCAACUUUAGAAGCUUAUCCUCAGAACAAAACAACAGAAGACCUUGGCUGUGGUGUCAGCCCUAGAGUGCGUGGUGUCUGAUCUCCACCUCAUCCAAUCUCACCAGGGAAGUGUUUGCAGGUGAAAAUGAACAGUGGAAUUCUCUUGUCCCUCCUUGGCUUCCUCCCACUCGUGACACCCACAUGCCCUGUGCCAUGCAGGUGCACCACCAGGAUCACUGACUGCUCACUGAAAAACCUGACUGUAGAAAACCUGCCCACUGCCUUCCGUCCCUCGGCUGAAAUCAUCCACCUCGCUUCCAACAGGCUCACCUCUAUUCCCAACGGGCUCUUUGACAACCUGAGGAGCCUCCAGGCAGUCUACCUGCAGGGCAACCCUUGGGAAUGCACCUGUGACAUCCUCUACCUGCGCUCCUGGCUGCAGUGGCAGCAGAACCGCAGCCUGUACAGGGAUGUGAGGUGCAGCUCCCCGGAGCACCUGCAGGGCCGCAUCAUCGCCUACCUGACGGAGGAUGAGAUCGUCUCCACGUGCCAGCACUGGUACUGCAGCCUGGCUCUGCUCUCUCAGCUCUCCCUCUUCAUCCUCCUUAUCCUCCAGACCAUCUUGGUUAUCCUCAUCAUUGUCUACCUGCGGAAAUUUCGGAGAAUGAGCGCUGAAGUCCGGAGCACCACCCAAGAACUCGGCCACCAGGGAAACCCUUGGGUAUCUUCUUCAACAAAACCCUCCACCAAUGAUUAACAUCACGAGACAGAAGACCCUCCUUCCUUUGGGGGACGCUGUGCCAAAGUCCUGUAGUUUGUGACACCCAGAGGGGACAAUUUAGUACAGCAUCUAAUCCUGACUGCAAUCUGAAGCAGGACUUGAACUGAUCAGACAUUUUCUGUGUUCUUAAAGGGUCAAUCUUCUGUUUUUUCAAUGCUUUAAAUUCUUUAGCAUGAUCUUGGCUGCUUGUCUGAGUUGGAAGUGGUUUGUUAGACUAAGGAAAUAAUAAACUACAGUGAGCAGAACUGACUCAAACAGGUCAUAGGGGCUCCAUUGCUCGAUCCCUCCCCUCCUACAGCAUUCCAGCCAUAUUUCCCAGGAUGCUUCUGAUUGUGCUGGGUCAGGUGAGGACAGAGGUGGACAGCAAACUGUUUGAGUACUGAGCUAGGAAAAUGGAGAAAUAAUUUCCUUCUGCUACCACAGACAGCAUUAAGAGCUUUGGACUAGGGUUUUAGUCUUCUCCUGCCUUGGUUUCCCAAGGAAAGGGGAAAGGAAAUACCUUCUUGCUUGAUGCAUCUUUUUCAGUGUUCUUCUGGGGGAGGGAGGGCAUGCCUAGAAGCCCACUCACUUUACCUUAUCUGCUUUCCUUUUAGUCUACUUUAGUUUUAAUACUGACUUAAUUGAGUGAAACUGGGGCCCUGAAUUUUUAUGAGAAAUUCAUCCGGAAGACAAGAAUUGUUUGACUGUGCCUGUAUGGCGCCUGGCACAAGAGAUCUGGUCUUGAGAGGCUCAGACUACAAACCCCACUGAUGUGCCUAUUGCUGUUUAUGGUGUUCCUUAAUUAUUUUUGAAAUAAAGCAAAAUUUAAAUAAAAUUA